AACAGCAGUAGCAGCUGGCACAGCAACAGGCGCCAACAUGGCAGCCGCCGGCUCGCCCCACCAGCAGCCAGUUGCUGACUCGCUCUCAGCAGCACGCACGAGUACCGCAGCAGGCGGGUCAACACGUACCAGCCAACCCUCUCAGCUGGUGGUGGUGGACCAGGAGCCAAGCACUUCCGUCGUCACGGAACGAUCAGAGGCGGCAUCUACCGAUAUGUCUGGAGCGCCGCCAUCCGGAGCACCGGCACCAGCUCCAGCGCCGGCACCGGCUCGAGCGCCGGCACCAGCUCCAGCGCCAGGAAGUGUAGGAUCGGCAGCAGCAACACCCACACCAGCACCAGCGCCAGGAGCACCGGUGACCAACGAUGGCUCACCCCGCGACACGAUGUUUCCCGGAGAGACCGAGUGGGGAGAUGGGUUCGGCGGCGCUCUCUUCGGUACGCCGGCGCAGAACAAGGGCAAGCGGAAGAAAGGGCAGCUGGAGUUGGAGCCGCCGGACUUCGAGAUUCCCAACUUUGGUGGUGGAUCCCAAAGGAAGCGCUACCCUCUGCAGUUCAAGGUGAAUGCUGUGCGGUACUCGCAGAAAAGGGUCAAGGGGGCGCAAGGGCCGGGCGGGACUGUUGGGAUCUCUUACGCCACCAGGGUCCUGAACAUUCCCGACAAGGCCACGUUGGCGGAGUGGGUUAGGAAGGUCCCCGAGUACGAAGCCGCGCUUGCGGCAGAGGGCGGCAAGUUCAAGGGAUUGAAGAGCAAGAAGAACGCCAAGAACCGCAUGUCGCUGAACACAGGACGGGUCAGGACGAACCGGGAAGCCGAGCAAGCGAUCGUGGACUGGAUCAAUGAUCUGCGUUCUGAGAGCAUCUCGGCCCGCGUUUCGACGAAGAUGCUCAAGCACAAGGCCAUCGAGCUCAACCCGACCUUCUUCGGGGAGAGGCCGCUGGUAUCCGACCUCGCGGGCAACCACAAGUACAAGAAAAAGCUGAGCCAGUGGUGCAGAAGGUUUCUCAAGGUGUACCGCUUUUCUGUGCGAGCCGUCACCCGGCAAGGCCAGAAACUUCCUUCCGGCUGGCCCGUGAUCGCCAUGCAGGCGAUCAAGGAGUGGAGGAGCCUAAAGUACGACGUGCCUUCUGCGCUCGAACUUGCGGACGGAGUCGAAUGCCUGGGGGUUGCGACGGUGGCGGGAGGCAGCGCGAGCGGCGGCGGGGGUGGGAGUGGCGCUGGAGUUCUUUCGGGGCCAAAGCUGAAGUUCACCUUGGCGCAGAUCGGCAACAUGGAUGAGACUCCUACGUGGAUGGAGAGCCCGGGGAGUGACACUGUGAACGUGAGUAUUUCUUUUGCCGUACUUUUCGCUCGUACUGCGUUAGAUGUAGCAGUUCCCGUCCUUUCCUCCGUCAACGAUAUUCCUCGGCCGUUUUGUUUUUUGGUGGGAUUCCACGUGUAG